AUGUCGUCAACCAGAGCGCGCGGCGGCGGUGGCGGCGGGAGGCAGUUCCCGGUGGGGCGGCGCCGGUACGCGCCGGUGGUCGACGCCGGGUGCGGGUGCCGCCCGCGCCGCCCGAGGCUGCUCAGGCUGCCGUCCUUCCUCAAGCCCUGCAGCCAGCUGAUGAUGGGCGGUGGUGGCAAGGCUGCGACGACGAAGCGGAGCGGGGGUGAGCAGUACUCCUGCGCCUCCACCUCCACUGCUUCCUUCUCCUCCUCGUCGGCCGCCACGCACAGCACCAGCGGCUACGCGUCGGCCUAUUCCUCCGACUACUACUACUGCUACCCCUCGCGCGUCGUGUACGGAGCCUGCACCACCAAGCAACACCAAGAGCUGCCGCUGCCGCCGUUCCGCAAGCAGCAGCAGGCGACCAAGGCCAAGGCCGCGCCGGCAUCAUCACCUGCCCGCGGGCCGCCGGUGGUCGCCAAGAAGCAGGCUAAGAAGAAGAAGAGGGCGGCCGAGAAGACGGUGGCGGCGGAGGCCGACGGCGUGGGCGUGGCGGUGGAGAAGGAGUCGUCCGACCCGCGCGCCGACUUCCGCGACAGCAUGGUUCAGAUGGUGGUGGAGAUGGGACUGUGCGACUGGGACGGCCUCCACAGCAUGCUCCGCCGCCUCCUCGCGCUCAACGCGCCGCGCCACCACGCCGCCAUCCUCACCGCCUUCGCCGAGGUCUGCACGCACAUCGCCAGCGCCGCGGCCGCUGCCGCUCCUCCUCCUCCUCCUACCCAGCCGUCGCCGUCGCCGCCAGCGUCGUACUCAUACCAGUACCGGCGCUGA